UACGCAAUGAACCCAAAUCAGAUUAUUGCUAAUAUUAUGGUCCUUCCAUUUAUCCUAAACACCGUCAAGGCUGAUACCUUUGUCAUACCAAUGAAAUACGACGAAAAUGGCACACCAUAUGUGGAAUCAGACGGCAGGAUGUUUUCCUGUGCAGUAGCAAGAACCGCGAAGUAUAGAGACCAAAAUGGAUGCGAAGUGACGCUGGAAAUCACACCGCCAAAUUAUGAGCAAUUUGUGAAUAGAAAGGGAUAUGUAUUUGGAUCCAGGCUCUGCGAGAACGAAUAUACUGAGUGAUAAUUCAGCAAAACCAUUUCAAUUAUCAUGUAAAUGUUAUUAAAGUAUAUGUUUUGAUUCAUUUUGCA